AAGCGCAAGCGCUCGCGCCGAUUCUGAUUGGACCGCGGAGGGCUCAGAAAGAAAAAAACAGGUUACGCCAUAUUGUCAGCCUCUAAAAGACAGCGAAAAAUGACAAAAUAGCUUACUCUGCCGACGCUAGACGCUAAAGAUGGCUCACACCGGGGCAAUGGAAGAGGAUUGCUCCUCCAGGCAGAGGUCUGGUGUCUGCCUGCGGAGUCGACCAUGCUCCAGCGAGAGAGACGGUCAGGUACGGGCUGUCAAAGCUGCUCUCCAGUCCAGGUUGGGGCCCUACGAGCCGGUUCUGACCUACCUGCAGUCCGUCCUAGUGUGGGAAAGACCCCUUCAGUGUGUGCUUCUCUACAUUGUGGUCAACAUCGUGUUCUGGUUCUUCGCUCUCACCUCACUGCGCCUGCUGUUCCUUCUGGCUUCUGGUCUGGCUGUUCUUGUUUGUGUUGAUACCUGGAGAAAUAAGAUCUGGCCAGAGAUUAGAGUCAGAAAACUUGACGAAUCAGAAAAUGAGAGCUGGGGUCUGGUGCAGCCUGGCAUCCUCAGUGUGCCUGAACUGUGCCACCACAUGGCUGAGGCCUGGGUCAGUGUGUCAGUUCUUGCAUCCGCUAUGGUGCAGUACAAACGACAUAACCCCGGCAAGUUUUGCCUCCUGACCUGUGGAGUGUUCACCUGUUUGGCUACGGUUGGGCGCUACAUUCCCGGAUUGGUGCUCUCCUACUCCGCUGUGUUAGCUACUCUCCUGGCCCCUCUGGGAGCCUAUCACAGGGUGUUUCAGCAUGUGUAUGUGAGGCUGGAGCCGGUCCUGCAGCGGCUGGACUUCAGUGUUUGUGGAUACAUGAUGAAAAAGCCUAUUGAUAAUCAGUUCCUACGGAUGCCCAUCCACGGUGCAGCGUCAGGCGAAGCCAGUGACAGUGAGGAGGAGUUGGCUGCUUUCUGCCCAUCAUUUGAUGAUGCGGUUGUUGCGAAGGAACUUGCUCUGACUGACUCGGAGCACUCUGAUGCUGAGGUGUCCUACACUGAAAAUGGAACAUUUAACCUAUCACGUGGCCAGACCCCGUUGACAGAGGGCUCUGAGGAUCUCGACAGACACAGCGAUGCCGAGGAAUCCUUCGCUCAGGACCUCCCGGACUUCCCCUCCAUAAACCCUGAUGCCACUCUGAUGGACGAUGACGACGACACAAGCAUAGGUCUGCCAAGUCUGGGUCCGUCUGGGCUAGCUAGUUACCGGGCCUCAGUGCUGGAUGUAGAUGCUCAUCUGGACUCUGACCAGGAGGAUCUGGAUACAGAACUUUCUCUCAGCGGCCUGCCACGUGCCUCUGAUUUCACGGGGGACUUGGCUGGAGUCAUCGCCAGCAACAUGAUCCAGGCAGCGCUGUUGGGAGCAAUGCAACCUCGGCCUCCUGCUACCCAGCGCAGAGAAGGCCCUCCUAGGGCCGGGCCCCACCGCAGCUACCGCAAGCAGUCCAGCUCUGAGCUGGACACAGACUUGGACGGAGAGGACUUUGAAAUGCUGGAUCAGUCUGAACUGAACCAGAUGGAUCCCCUUGGAGGAGGAGGGGGCAGUAGACAGGGAGAGAGCCAGGGGUCGAACUUCUUGUCUAGCCUCCUGGGUAAACCACAGUAAAGUGUGUGUGUGUGUGUGUGUGUGUAUGAGAGUGUGUGUGUGUCUGUAUGCCUGUGUGCACGGGUUCAGGUGCAGUGUAGUGUUAGAGAGCUGUGUGUGUGUGUGUGUGUGUGUGUGUGAGAGGGAGAAAUGAUGAUUUUAGGUUCCAGCAGCCCUGCUUCUGAUUGGCAUCAGUUUAUCACUGUGAAGUACUUUUUCUUUUUUCGAUCUUUUCAAACUCUUUUCUCCCGUACUUUGAAACCCUGAUCAUCCAGAGACUUUUACUUUGUAGGUUGAGCAAUAGGACAUGCAACAACAAAAAUAAAACACAUUCAGACAUUUAAUAAACCAGCAUUGUUGAGCCUUGUUGCGGUCUUUUAAUUGUAUGCACCCAUAAAUUACAAGGGUGCUUGUUAGUGACUAUAAAUAAAGGACAGCAGCGCCCAUAAAGUCUUUUCUACCGGGAGGUGGGCACAUACAGGGCUAUUUAACAUGGGACCAAAUAUGACAUUCCUGUUGGUUGAGCUGAGCCAUGUUGCUUUGAUAAUGACAUAAUGAAACAUGUUUAGCUUCUUCACUCAUUGGAAUAAUCGUUUCUUCCAUCGCAUUUUGUCGAAGAAACCGCAGUUCAUGUUGCUGUUGACAUUAUUGCUCGCUGUCCUUAAAAGUAACAUGUGGCUAAGAUCUGUUACAAGAUUAUUUAAUGUUACAGCGAUUAAUAAACAUUUUCCACACAACACUUAAGCAGUUGUGGAUUUGGACAGUGAUUCUCUUCCAUGAUGAAGAUGACUGAUAUUUGGAUUAAAGUUUCAGUUGUUUCUCUGUAUGAUUUUCUUAAACUUCCUUUUCCUUUUCUGCUGUCUAACAUAUGAAGACAUUUUCUUGCAUUUCUUUGAGCUUAUUUUAUUUUCUUGAAAGGUCACAUUACAGUCUUAAGAUAGAUAUCUGACCCGGAGGAACACUUGAUGUUAUGUUUGUUGUUCAUUGUAUUUAUGAAUUUGUGCCCCAGGUUUGCUUCUUUUUUUUUCUGUGUGAGUAAGUUCAGAAUAUUUUUGAUUUUCCUGCCCUUCAAAUACAGCUCAAUAACAUAUUAUGUCCAUGUUUAAUACCUUGAAUGAGCCCUAAGCUUUGUGUGUUUUUUUUUUUUUUUUUUUUCUUUUUCAAAAGUAACAUUUAAACAAAUUUCUUCAAGUAUUUUACCAUCUUUGUAUUUCAUGUAGUUGACAGUCAUGCAGAACUUUUUAAGAGAUAAAUCAAAUGCUCUUCAAUUCAUGGAUCUUUUACUAUUUUAAUGGGGAAACAUGUUUACAUGAAAAUUGGGUAUAGAAAGUUAUCCUUAUAUCCUUUUUUUUUUUUUUUUUUUGUUAAGUCUGAGUGUGUAAAGAUUUAAAUUGGCUUUUCUGUGCUGGUCAGCCUGAUUUAUUUUUUAAAUGGACAAACUUAAAUGAGCCACAGUUGAGAUUUAUUGAAAUCAUAUAUCAAAAAGUUUUAAAAUGCUGGGUUUUUAACUAGAGGAAAACACAUCGCUCUCUUUCAAUUGUGUUAUUUUGAGAGGAAAAUCAUAGCUGCAAAAGAUUUAGCACAAUAGAAUAAAAAAAACUGCUGGAUUCACAUUCAUGGAGAAGUAGAAAACACGUGCACUGAUAGGAAAUUGCUGGGAUUUUGAGGCUAUAAAAAGGAGUUAGUCUCAGCUGUUUGGCCACCUCAGUUAACCAGAAUGUUGCUCAUUGCUGCUCCAUGAAGAAAGAAAGUCAGUUCCUCAGUAUGAGUGAUCUGUAGUUUGAUAAUGUAAUGUGCAUUGUAGUGUAUUUUCUUCUCUGUAACUGGUUUUGAUAUGUUUUGAUGUGCAAAUCGUAUUGAAUAAAAUGUUUGCAAUUAA